GGAAGGCAGAGAGAGGAAGGCCGGAAAUUAUAGAGAGUUAAUAGGGACUCUACAGCUUCACUCGAGGUUUUGAGGCAAAAGCGUCACCAUAACCGACGGGUAUAAAAACUAGGGUUUCGAGUUGUACGACCUCGACGACGAUCACUCGGCAAGCCAUGGAGAGUGCCCUCGCGAACGCCUCUGCGAUCGGUGACCAGAGGCAAAAGAUCGAACAGUACAAGCUUAUACUAUCGUCUGUUCUCGCAUCCAACGACAUCAAACAAGCAAAGAAGUUUAUCGAUCACAUGGUAUCCGACGACGUUCCCCUGGUGGUGUCCCGACAAUUGCUGCAGACUUUUGCGCAGGAUUUGGGAAGGUUGGAACCCGAGACCCAAAAGGAGAUUGCGCAUUAUGCUCUUAAUCAGAUUCAACCUCGAGUUGUUUCGUUUGAGGAACAGGUGUUGAUUAUCAGAGAGAAGCUUGCGGAGCUGUAUGAAUCUGAGCAGCAGUGGUCAAAAGCAGCUCAAAUGCUUAGUGGCAUUGAUCUAGAUUCUGGAAUCAGGAUGCUUGAUGAGGCCUACAAGCUAUCCAAAUGCGUACAAAUUGCUCGCCUAUAUCUUGAGGAUGAUGAUGCUGUAAAUGCGGAAGCUUUUAUCAAUAAAGCUUCUUUCUUGGUUAGCAAUAGUCAACAUGAAGUGUUGAACUUACAGUACAAGGUUUGUUAUGCAAGGAUUUUAGAUUUAAAGCGGAGGUUCUUGGAAGCUGCUCUACGUUACUAUGACAUCUCUCAAAUUGAAAAGCGACAAAUUGGAGAUGAGUGGAUAGAUGAGGAUGCUUUGGAGCAAGCUCUGACCGCUGCUGUUACAUGCACAAUUUUGGCUGCUGCUGGUCCCCAACGUUCUCGUGUUCUUGCCACUUUAUAUAAGGAUGAACGUUGCUCAAAGUUAAAGAUUUACCCAAUAUUGCAGAAGGUGUAUUUGGAGAGAAUUUUGAGAAAACCAGAAAUUGAUGCAUUUGCUGAAGAACUAAAAGCACAUCAGAAAGCACUUUUGCCAGACAAUUUUACCGUGUUGGAUCGUGCUAUGAUUGAACAUAAUCUUCUUAGUGCGAGCAAACUUUACACAAACAUAAGCUUUGAGGAGCUUGGCACAUUGUUGGGUAUUGCUCCUCAGAAGGCUGAAAAGAUAGCUUCAAGAAUGAUAUUAGAAGAUAGAAUGAGAGGAUCAAUUGAUCAGGUUGAAGGUGUCAUACAUUUUGAGGAUGACACAGAAGAGCUGCAACAAUGGGACCAACAGAUUGUGGGACUCUGUCAAGCCCUUAAUGACAUUCUGGACAGCAUGGCGAAGAAGGGUCUGCCAGUCCCUGUUUGAACUGCUUCAGGGCCUCAGUGGUGCCAAGGGAACCAAGGGAAGAUUGAUAGGAUGAGUGCCUGGCUUGAGAUUAAACUAGAUAUACAUGUGUAGUUUAAGGACGUCACAUUUUUCUUAUUUUUUGUAAUUAUUUCAGUUUUGCAUCUUUAAUCUUUCAUGACAAUGCGA